UUAUGGAAUAGUUGUCUUUAUCUACAUCGUUAAAAACUUUUAAUUUGAUCAGAAAAGUAAAAAUGCAAACAGUAAACAAUUCGAAAGAAGCAUUUUGUAGGCUGUGCCUAAAUAUUAUAAGUGAUACAAAUUGCCAAGCAAUAGGAGAAGCCAUAAGGGAUGUUCUAAAAAUUGUUUUGCCAAAUGUGAACUUGGAACAGGGAGAUAAACAUGUAAUGUGUAUAACAUGUUCCAUAAAAUUAUCCGACGCUUUUAAUUUUAAGUCGACGUGUAUGGAUACUGAGGAUAUUAUUUCUGCAUAUGUUAAUUCCAGUAAAAUCUCAGUGGUUGACUUAAAAGAGGUUUAUCUGAAGGAAAAAGGUAAUAUUCAGUUAACUGAUAUAUUGGAAAAUCAGAAAAUUUGUUUAUUAUGUAUUCAAUUGAUAACACUUGGAUUUGUGCCCCUAAACGAAGUGGAAAAUGAUGUAAUUGAAAAGUUUAUAUCUCGACAAAAUAUUAGAGCUACUGGGGAUUCUGUUAUAUGUGAGUCAUGUUUUGAUUCGCUUUGUACUCAUGGUGCUUUUUUAAAGGACUGCCUUGAUGCACAGGAAAAAUAUAAAAAUAUCGACAAACAGUCUUACAUUAAAACUGAAAAAAUUGAAAUAAAACUGGAAGGUAGUCAAGAUGGGCAAGAGAAAUAUAGAAGUGUUGAUAAGCAACCUUAUCUUAAAUGUGAAGAAAUUGAAAUAAAGGCAGAAGAUGAUCAGGAUGGUUGUAAUAUUAGAGCUACUGGGGAUUCUGUUAUAUGUGAGUCAUGUUUUGAUUCGCUUUGUACUCAUGGUGCUUUUUUAAAGGACUGCCUUGAUGCACAGGAAAAAUAUAAAAAUAUCGACAAACAGUCUUACAUUAAAACUGAAAAAAUUGAAAUAAAACUGGAAGGUAGUCAAGAUGGGCAAGAGAAAUAUAGAAGUGUUGAUAAGCAACCUUAUCUUAAAUGUGAAGAAAUUGAAAUAAAGGCAGAAGAUGAUCAGGAUGGUAAUCCACCUUUGUACCACUUGGAAAAUGAAACAAUUGUAAACAAAAUGAGGUGUACUUCUGAAGAUGAAGGGGAAAUAAAGAAUGAAGAUAUACUUAAAUGCGAGCCUGGAUUUAAUGAAAAUCUUGNAAUUUUUCAGUAA